AUUUACGUGUUCAUAUGGAUACAAAGCAAACAACAGGUGGUUUUGGAAAGAAUCCUCGACCUCCCAAGGUCAAGAAUAAGAGCGCUGCUCCUAUUCAAAUCACAGCAGAACAGAUUCUACGUGAAGCCCACGAUCGUCGUCUUGAACCUACCCACAAUAUUCCUCAACAAAAGAUUGCCGACUUGGAAGAAUUGGAGGAAUUCAGACAACGGAAACGUAAGGAAUUCGAAGACAACAUUCGUAAAAACCGUCUGAACAUCAGCAACUGGAUCAAAUAUGCUACUUGGGAAGAAAGUCAGAUGGAAUUCCAACGUUCGCGUUCUGUCUUUGAGCGUGCUUUGGAUGUCGAGUGGCGUAACAAUGCCAUCUGGCUUCGUUAUGUCGAUAUGGAACUCAAGAAUCGUAACGUCAAUCAUGCACGUAACUUGCUUGACCGUGCCACCACUUUAUUGCCCCGUGUCGAUCAGUUUUGGUACAAAUAUACCUAUAUGGAAGAAACCUUGGGUGAUGUGCCUAAAGCAAGAAACGUAUUUGAGCGUUGGAUGAAAUGGGAACCUACUGAAAAUGCCUGGAUGGCGUAUAUCAAGAUGGAAUUAAGAUACAACGAGAAACAACGUGCGCGUGCCAUCUAUGAACGCUUUGUCAGUAUUCAUCCUGAGCCUGCCAAUUGGAUCAAAUGGGCCAAGUUUGAAGAAGAACACAACAACCUAAACAAAUGCAGAGAGAUCUAUACAGCAGGACUCGAGUUUCUCGGAGAAGAAAAGCUCGACCAAAAACUGUUGGUGGCCUUUGCCAAGUUUGAAAUCAAAGUCAAGGAAUACGAACGUGCCCGUGUGAUUUUCAAGUACGGUCUUGACCGUCUUCCCAAGUCAAAAUCACAGUCGCUCUAUAACCAAUACACCAAUUUCGAGAAACAGUACGGUGAUAAAGCAGGCAUUGAAGAUGUCGUGAUUGGUAAACGACGUGUGCAGUACGAACAAGAGAUUGAAGAAAGUCCUAAAAACUAUGAUAUCUGGUUUGAUUAUGCUAAACUGGAAGAAUCAGCAGGUGAUCCUACCCGUGUACGUGAAGUGUACGAAAGGGCCAUUGCUCAAGUACCUCCAGCUCAAGAGAAACGAUACUGGCGAAGAUAUAUUUAUUUGUGGAUCAACUAUGCACUCUAUGAAGAACUAGAAAACCAAGAUAUAGAACGCACACGUCAAAUCUAUGAACAGUGCAUUCAACUCAUACCACACAAGCAAUUCACGUUUGCCAAGAUUUGGUUAAUGUAUGCUCAGUUUGAGAUUCGACAGAUGCAAGUCACGCAAGCCAGAAAGUUACUUGGAAGAGCGAUUGGCAUGUGUCCCAAGAAUAAGCUGUUUAAGGGCUAUAUCGACCUUGAGUUCCAACUGAGAGAGUUUGAUCGAUGCCGUACCAUUUACACCAAAUACAUUGAACAUGAUCCUGCCAACUGCUCUGCCUGGAUUCAGUUUGCAGAACUAGAGAAGAACGUGUUGGAUGAAGCAGAACGAAGUCGUGCUAUUUAUGAGCUGGCUGUGGCUCAAGAGAACCUCAACAUGCCUGAAUUAUUAUGGAAAGCCUAUAUUGAUUUCGAAAUCGGGGAAGGUGAAUAUGAAAAGACAAGAGAUUUGUAUUAUCGUCUGUUGGAAAGAACAGAGCAUGUCAAGGUCUAUAUCAGUUUUGCUCAGUUUGAACUAUCGAUACCUUAUGAAGAUAACACUACAGAAGAAGGCGUGGUACGUGCUCGAACAAUCUUUGAGAAGGCGUAUGAGAAGAUGAAGGAAAAAGAACUAAAAGAAGAGCGUGUGUUAUUACUUGAGGCAUGGAAAGACUUUGAAGAGAACUAUGGUCAAGAAGAAACACAACACGUGGUCAGCCAAAAGAUGCCCAAGGUGGUCAAGAAGAGAAGAAGAGCUGCUGAUUCUACUGAAGACAAUAUCAUCUGGGAAGAGUACUUUGAUUACAUCUUUCCUGAUGAUGAAGUACAGAACCGUUCUCUCAAGUUUCUACAAAUGGCUCAAGCAUGGCAAGCCAAGGUAAGUCCAUCUUUGUGUGUUAUUCAACUAAAUUAUUUAAUUAGCAGCAAAAAGAAUCCUAAGGGUCAAGAAAAGACACGGCGAGCUGAACGAACAGCAUGGACAAUUGACUUUAUCUUUUCAAUAAAGCCUUCAGGCAAUCCCAUGGUCAACAGAGUAAACAAGACUUUCUUACUGUCUGUAUAAGGAGGGUAUCUUGCAGCCAUGAUACCCUCUAAGCCAGACGACUUGAUCAUCGUACUGCGUUCAUGAGUAAAUGUCUCGAAUGAUUUAGGUCCAUGGUAAGCACCCAUACCACUUGGGCCAGCACCACCAAAGGGCAUCGAGAGUUCUUGUACU